AUGCUUUCUUUCUCGCGCGCUCUGGCUCUGGCAGCCGCUUUCAAUGUUCCAUUCUCCUCCGCUGCCAACACUUCCGGUGAUGGCACAAAGUACAUGGUCGUGUUCGGCGAUUCAUACUCCAGCACCGGUUUCUGGAUCACGUCCGGUUAUCCCUCGGCGACCAAUCCCAUGGGUAAUGGCGGGUCUACGACCAGCGGCGGACUGAACUGGGCCGGCGUUGUAACCGAACAACUAAAUUCUUCAUUACUCCUGACCUACGACUUUGCCGUCUACGGUGCCACCGUUGAUACAUCGCUUGUCCGAGGCAGCACGCCCGAUGUUAAGCAACAAGUCGGUUACUUCAACCAGUACCUAGCCAGUAAGCCUGAAUACGCGCCAUGGACCUCCGAGAACCUCCUCGUCGCAAUUUGGAUCGGUAUCAAUGACCUGGGUAACCCGUUCUGGGAUAAUACCACUCCGCCGACGGAUAAGGUACUAGAUGAGUACUUCGAUCUGGUACAAAAUUUGACGGAUUCUGGAGUGAGCCAGUUUGCAUUCAUCACUGUACCGCCGUUCCAGAAUGCGCCGAGCUUCCUGCAGGCGGAUACCACAACGCUGGUCUCGAGCAUCUCGUCUUGGAACUCGGAACUGAAGACUAGAAUGGAUACAUUUACGAGCGCGAACAGCGGGGUAACGGCACAGCUUGUCGAGACGGAGAAGUCUUUCACUGCAGCCUUGGAGAACCCAUCGAAGUAUGGUGCUACGGAUGCGAAGUGUUCGAAUGCCGACGGCAUUACGUGCUUGGUACGUUGA